UUAGGGGCGGGCGCUCCGAGACCAGAGGGAAGGAGAAGGAUCAGGAGCGGGAGCUGAGGGGAGGGAGAGGCCGGUCCGGGUCUGGCCGCUGCCUCUGCUUGCCCGAGGUCUCCAGGCCGGGCUGCGGCUCUGUGCUCGCUUCCUGGGCACGGUCCGCGAGGCUCCGCAGGGCAGCGUGAGAGAGCCGCGGGCGGCGGCCGCCGCAACAUGUCAGCCAAGGACGAGCGGGCCAGGGAGAUCCUGAGAGGCUUCAAACUAAACUGGAUGAACCUGCGGGAUGCAGAGACAGGGAAGAUACUCUGGCAAGGAACUGAAGACCUGUCCGUCCCUGGGGUGGAACAUGAAGCCCGUGUUCCCAAGAAAAUCCUCAAGUGCAAAGCAGUGUCCCGAGAGCUGAACUUCUCUUCAGCAGAGCAAAUGGAGAAAUUCCGCCUGGAGCAGAAAGUUUACUUCAAAGGGCAGUGCCUAGAAGAAUGGUUCUUCGAAUUUGGCUUUGUGAUUCCCAACUCCACAAAUACCUGGCAGUCCCUGAUAGAGGCAGCACCCGAGUCCCAGAUGAUGCCAGCAAGCGUCCUAACGCCACAGCAGAGAGCUGGAUCAGAAGUGGAGCAGCUGGGACUAGAACCGGCGCCCAUAUGGGAUGCCAGCGCUUCUGGCCAGGGCCUGAAGGUUAACUCCUGCACCACAGCGCCAGCCCCAUGGCUCCUGGCUUUGGCCUGACCCAGCCUUGGAUGUUGGUGGGCUUUUGGGGAGUGAACCAGCAGAUGGAAGAUCGAUUGCUGUGUCACUCUGCCUUUCAAACAAAUCGAAAAAUAAAGCUUAUAUAUACCAAAUUCAUUCUAAUUUCUUCCCUUUCCUGAUUGUCAUGCUUUUGGUGUCUCUGGACUUGGGUUUCCUUUUCUGGAAUCUGCUAAAGUCCCAAUUCUGGCUUAGAGGAUACUGUUUGGGUACAGUUUCUCAGAAAAUAAAUUAUAAUCUAAUAGUAGUGCUUUCUGCUCAAAGAAAUGUCUGAAAGCAUAGUAACUGCCCACGUGCCAUCUCUCAGGAAUUGAUGUUAGUCUUCCUCUAGUGCUUCAGUGGUGGGGCCUGACAGGGAGCCCACAGAUGACUGUACUAUCGGAUCAUCUCUUUCAGGAGGCUCUUUGUGAAAGCCACAUAGAAUUUGUAAAUAGGGUGUUUUUUUUAAUAGCUUUUUCUCUAAUGGAUUUUUUUGGAGAUUUAUUUAUUUAUUUGAAAGAGUUACACAGGAGGCCAGCGCUGUGGAGCAGCGGGUUAGAGCCCAGCCUGCAGUACCAGCAUCUCAUACGGGCGCUGGUUUGAGUCCCGGCUGCUCCUCUUCCAAUCCAGCUCUCUCUGUGGCCUGGGAAAGCAGUGGAAGAUGGCCCAAGUCCCUGGGCCCCUGCACCUGUUUAAGAGACCCGGAGGAAGCUUCUGGCUUUGAAUCAGCCUAGCUAUGGCUGGGAGUGAACCAGCAGAUGUAAGAUCUCUCUCUCUCUCUGCCUUUCUGUAACUCUGAGAGAUCUUCCCUCUACUGGUUUACCCCCCAAAUUGCCACAGUGGCCAAGGCUGUGCCAGACUGAAGCCAGGAGCUUCUUCUGGGUCUCCCACGUUGGUGCAGGGCCCAAGCACUUAGGCCAUCUUCCACUGCUUUCCCAGGCACAUUACCAGGGAGUUGGAUUGGAAAUGGAGCAGCCAGGUCUCUAAUCAGCGCCAUAUGGGAUGCUAGUGUCACAGGUGGUGGCUUUACCUACUGUGCCACAAUGCCGGUCAUAGUUUGUUUGUUUUUGUUUUUGUUCGAGUGAUAGAGAUUGGCUGGCAGGCAGGCAGACUCACUCCCCAGCUGCUCACAAUGGCCAGGGUUUAAGCGAAGCCAAAGCUGGAGCUGGUAAUUCAACCCAGAUCUUCCUUAUGCGUAGCAAAGAUCCAACUGCUUGAGCCGUCACCUGACGCCUCCCAGGAUAUGCAUUAGUAGGAAGCUGGAACUGGGACCGGAGUGGGGACUUGAACCCAGCCUCUCCCACGUGGAAUCCGAGGGUCUUAACCAGCAUCUUAACUGCUAGGCUAAAUGCGUACCCUAGUAGAUUUAAUUACAGCAGAAUAUAUUUUUAUAUUCUGUCAGCCAGUCAGAUGUUGAUUACCUUAUUUACCCGUUUAACAAUUAAUUACAAGCAGAAAUGUACCUACUAGUUAUUAACUAUUCUGGAAAAGUACCGAGUAGUAUAAAAGGGCAUUUUAUUUGUGUUUAUAUUUUAUUAAUCUUCAUUAGACUUCUUCUUGGUCAGGCCUGAUUUCUUUCAGGAAAUAAAACCAGGAAGUCUGUGAUAACAUUGUUUUAAUGUCUUUAUAACUACGUAUUUACCUAUGUGUAUGCUAUGCUAUGGUUUGAAUACAUUUUUCCCCUGAAACUAAUGUGGUGGUGUUGUGAGGUAGAUUUUUUUUUUCUUUCUUUUUUUCUUAUGAUUUAUUUUAUUUGAAGGCAGAGUUAUAGAAAGAGAGAGGGAGAGACAGAGAUCUUCCAUCUGCUGGUUUACCCCCAAAAUGGCCACAACAGCCAGAGCUGGGCCAGAUGGAAGCAGGAGCCAGGAGCUUCUUCUGGGUCUCCCACACGGAUGCAGGGGCCCAAGCACUUGGACCAUCUUCUACUGCUUUCCCAGGUGCAUUAGCAAGGAGCCGAAUCAGAAAUAGAGCAGCUGGGACUCCAACAGGCACCCAUUUGGGAUGCGGGCGUCACAAGUGGUGACUUAACUGCUAUGCCACAGCACCAGCCUUGAUAAUGUCUUUAAGUCACGUCUCACUUUUCAGAGCCCCUAAAACAUGAUAGUUUGUAGAAGCCCACAAAACAGCUGCCCUUAACUCAGCUCAAGAGUGGUUUGGUGAGGUCACUGAGAAACCCCCAAGGAAAACGAAUCACAGUGCAGGUGCAUUGUUUUGGCCCCUUUCGUUGCAAGCCACAGAAACAGGCUCUGACUAUUAGUUGAAGGAGGAAGGGGACAACCUGGGACAGCUUGGAAGAUGCAGGGCAGGAAUCCAUGGCGCUUUCCUGGAGGAGCGGGCGUGGGAAGGACCCUGCUCAAGGAGAGAGUCUGACUGGCCCAGAUUGGUCCUGGGCCCACCCCUCGGGCAAGGAAGGGAGGAGCCACUCAGCUGAUACCUGGACUGGAGGAAUGGGGAGUGUCCCCCAAAUGGAGAGCAGAGUGCUGUUACCCAAAGUCAGGAGAAGAGAAGCAGACACGCCAAACCCCAGCUGUCCACUGUAGCAGGCAUGGUAGGGGGAGGCACCACGCCAGGGUCUGCAGGCUUCCGUGCGUAAUCCAGCCGGCACUGUCCGCGGAGCCGGUGUCCAAAAGUCAGGCAGUCAGAUCCUCGCGCUCCCUGCGUGCAGGGCCUGCCAGCAAGGCCUUCAGAGUACCCCCGGGACACGCGCUGGCUUGAGGGGCUAGCACCAUCACGUAAGUUAGACAUCACGUGAGGCUUCCAACCCCAUCUAGGCCAGGAUUUGGGAGUUCAGUGUCCCCAGGCUGAGGCUCUGGGUGAAUACGGGUCCAGCGCAGCCAGAGAGAGACUGGUGUGUGGGAGUGGAAUCUCGUGCCUAACGUGCUCACUCUCUCGCCCUUUUUCUCCCCCUGC